GAAAAUUAUCAUGAUUAUUAUAUGUCCGGCGAAGAUGACCUCAGCUCUAUUGUCUGAGCCCAAUAUUUUUAACAUUUUAAGUAUAAUAUAUCAAUAUAUCAUUUCUAGAAUUAAAUUGUUAAAUUGCAGUGCCUUAUGAUUAAAUGAGUAGCUCUGUCUGGGUUCUCUGUCCUAAUGGACGCCGAGUCAGCAUCGCAUUUGGACCAAAUAGUCCUUUAAAUUCUAUCAAACAGCAGGCUUGUGAGAAACAAGGCUUUGAUCCAGCUAAAUAUGGAAUGAGAAAGGAAGACGCAAAGAAAGCCUUUGAUCUCUCACUGCCUUUUAGAUUGUCUGGCAUAGCUAAUAAAGCUAAACUGGAGCUAUUUGAAGAUAUUCAGAAGAUUGAGGUUGUAAGUAUUGCUCUUCAACUAGAAUCCGGAGGAAGAGUUAUGGGCAAGAUAGCAAAUACUGCUACAAUUGCUCAAACUAUACAGUCGAUUGGUAAAGAUUUAGGCGCCGUUUCAUCUCUCAUGUACUUACAACGCAAGAUCGGAGCUGAGAAAUUUGGAACCACUACUCUAGCAGACCUGGGAAUUUUCAAGGGAAGUGCUUUGCUGCGUUUACAAGAAGUCAAAGAGGAAUCAUCACAACCAGAAACUGCAUCUCCCAAACCUCUUCCUAAAAAGGAUGUCCAGGAUGUCCAGGGGAUGGAAACGGAGACAACACGCCCGGUUAUUGUCGAGGAGUCAAGUGUGAGCAGCAACCCCUCAGAAAUGGAGGUUGAGGAAACAGACUUUUUCGAAAAAGUAAACCGUUGUAUGGCCAAACUAACAGAGGAACAGACCCCCGUUAGAAUGGAAGAGAAAAGGAAACCUGUUAGCAAUGUGCCAAUUUUGUUUGAUCCAUCUGCUAGUAGUGUUGAAAUAGAUCGGAUGGAAGAAUCGGAUGACUUUUUCGAGUUUACUGACAAAGAUCUGAAAUCGAUGUUGAGAGAUUUGCACAAGAUAUCAGAGAGAGAAUUCCGGUUCCGACAGCCUGAAAAAGAGAAAAUUCUUCCCGAUCAAGUUGUUUUUAGAAUCAGAUUACCUAACGGACUGAUGCUACAAAACGUUUUCGAAACAAAAUCCAGCACCACAGACUCCCUCUACAAAUUUGUGGGCGACUACCUGACUGAGGAUAGCGUUGAAAAUCUCUCAAUCUAUCAAGCCCCACCCAAACGACUCGUCAAACCAGGACAAACUUUGAUAAACGCUGGACUAACUCUGACAACCCUGUUGCACGCUGGUGGUGACAUUGUCAUGAGACCCGAUCUAACUGUAGAAUCUGAUCCUUCGGGCGCUUUGGGUCAGCUCACUGAUGUAGUCGGUAAACCAGACAUUUUAAAUGACAGCCCAAAUUCGAGCAGACAUGAACUUCCUUCGCCUGUAACUAGAUUAGAUGAUGUACAGAGCACUGGGAGUAGUCGGCCAAGGGGAGAUAAACCUGUCCCCAAGUGGUUCAAAUUGAAAUGAAUGUUGUUUGAAUUUUUAUACAAUAUAUGGUAUGGUGAAACUUUUAGUUUUGUAUUGAAGGGCUAUGAAAGGGGAUAUUACAAUGAUUGCAAUAAUUGUGUCGGCCAGAAUUAUAGCAUUGUGAGAAUAUAAUAUUAAAAAGGGUUUUAGUUGCUGGCCAAGUUUCAGCUUGUUUUCAGUUAUCAGACAUGUAUGUCUUCACAAUGCGCCACUUUAUCCUUAGUGGCGAAUGGGUUGUUCUCAUUAUAUUAUCUUAAACCGGGGAAUAUGGAAUAUGUAUGGUAGCUGAUUCAUUCGUAACUGCUAUUAAGGGUGACUUAACGCUUGAAAAAAACGUAAUAUAUAUAAUAUGGAUAAUUUCUAGGGUUGUUUUUGGAACUUCGUAACUGGGAUAGUAGUUGCAUUAUGGAACGGUUGCUUGAAUGCAUUUUACGUUGAUGAAUUUUGGCUAUAAAUAACGAUUCACUGUUGUUUAAAAAUUUGACUUGUGUGUGUCGUAUUGUAUGGUUAAUAUUAACUUAUUUACAUCUCAUAAUUUGAUUCGGAUUAUAUGAAUCGCAAUUGGAAGUCUUCUUCUAGAUUUGUAGAAUGUAGAUACAUGUGUUUUACUUCGGCUUUUCGUUCAUCGUUCAUUAACAAAGUAGGAAGUACAAAAUGCAGCCUAUCGAUAUAAAUUCUCCAAGCUUUGCUUAAAAUUACCAUGUUAAUUUUACAUUGUACACAAUACGAGAUAUCAAAAGGCUCACAUUGAAUAUCCUCAUUGUCAAUAUCCAUCUCUUUUCUCCAGGUGGAUCAUGCUGCAGCCCUCUUACAGCUCAGAUUCUUCUGACAAUGAAGAUGACUACCUGGAAGAGGAAGAGACUGAAGAGGAGAAGUUUCUCUGUUUGUUUUGUGACAUGGUUCUCAGCUCGAGUGGACACCUCAUGGACCACUCCCUAAAAACACACAAACUGAAUCUUGUUUCGGCUUUCAGUGAAACGUCCUUCUAUGGGACCAUUAAAGUGAUAAACUAUACUCGGGGUAAUAAAUGUAGUGUUGAGGAGUUUAGUACAGUAUUGAAGAGGUCUGAAACGUUGGAAGAUGAAUAUUUGAAGCCCUGUCUAAAUGAUGAUUCUUUGUUGAUGAUUGAUUUUGAAGAACUUUCACACGCCCAAUCUCAAAGUUGUGCAGCGAAUGGUAAAGAGAAGAAUGCAAAUGGUGAAUCAAACAAUGGAAAGGUUGAAUUUCUACAAGCUAAAUUAGAGCAAAUGCAACAGGCUUACAUGGAACUACUCGAGAAAACUGAUAAAUCCAACGCACAACUGAGACCUGCAACGGACUCCCACUAUUUUGAGAGCUACGCAGAUUACACAAUCCAUGCGGAAAUGCUGCAGGACAAAGUACGAACAGAGGCUUACAGAGACUACAUCUACAAGAACAAAGAUAUCUUCAGCGACAAGGAUGUAUUAGAUGUGGGCUGUGGCACAGGUAUCUUAUCAAUGUUCUGUGCCCAGGGCGGAGCCCGGUCUGUUAUGGCAGUUGACAACUCUAAAAUCGUGGACAAGGCCAGGAGCGUUAUUAGAUCAAACAACUUGUCUUCUAAGAUUGAGGUUGUAAAGGGGAAAGUUGAAGAAAUUGAGGUGGACAAAAAAUUCGACAUUCUCAUAUCAGAAUGGAUGGGAUACGGUUUGUUGUUUGAAUGCAUGUUAGACAGUGUCAUAACAGCCAGGGACAAAUAUCUUAAACCAGACGGUCUGGUCGUUCCAAACAGAGCGUCUAUGUUUGUGUCAGCCGUAAGUGAUGAGGUGAGUUAUCAGCACAGGUUUCACUUCUGGAAUGAUGUCUAUGGGUUCAAAAUGAACGAUGUUGUUCCAGAUCUUUACAAAGAAGCUGUUGUUGAGUGUGUUGACAAAGAUAAUGUCAUUUCAGAUAAUUGUGGGUUUAAACACCUCGACUUGCAAACCGUUAAAACGCCUGAACUUGAAUUUUCCAGGCCAUUCCAACUCCAAAUCAGUUCAUCCUCAAAGUUAACUGCCUUAGUCGUACAUUUUACCUGCUUUUUUGAUGGAGAUGUUUCAAUCGUUUUGGACACCUCGCCUGAAAGUGAAACCACUCACUGGUUACAAACUAUACUCUACUUGAAAUGUCCUACUGAUGUUUUAGAAGGUGAUGUAGUGCACGGACUUAUCGCGUUUAAUAAGGACUCCACUGUUAAGAGAGGAUAUGUGAUUAAAAUAGAGGGUGCAAUAAGUCGGGAUAGUGCAGUGGUGGGGAAGUUCAACCAACUGUAUCAUCUCCACUGAUUCACUGAACGAAUUUUAUUUCUGUGGUUUUUAAUUCUUGUUGUGAGUAAUUUAUUUUCUUUUAUCGAAA